GCUGGAACAUGAUGUCAUAUGAUUAAAAAAACAAAACAAAAAAAAACCUGUGGCAGCUCAUCAUGUUCCACCUUCAUGUCAAUCAAUCAUUUUAGUUUUCAGUCAUCAGUUUUAUUAUUAUAUUUAUUUAUAUAAGGUCUGAUUUCUACCUCGGAUGGAGGCUUGAGAUGAAGGAGAGGAAGUGCCGGGUUUCAUGUGGUCCACGGCAGAGCGCGUCAGUCAUUCAAGUGUCACUUUGAACACUUUGUGCUGAUGCAGCAUCCACACAAGCUCACGCCGCUAUUUGAUUUUGUUCCAUUGCACUUAUUUUGGUAGAGCUCAUGACUAACAGCCAAAUGGUUUUGUCAGACUUCACAAUGGCCGAAAAGUUGGAGCUGGAGAGCAUCAAGAGGUACAAGAAAGGACUUCUGGAUGACAUCCAGAAACUGAAGGUGGAGAUCGACAGUGUAAUGGCCGAGAUACUCACCUUCGAGUUGGCUGAGACUGAGGAAAGAAACAUGGAAAGGAAACAGUUCUCCAAUGGGAAGAAGAAGUUUAACAUGGACCCCAAGAAGGGUAUCAAUUACCUGGUGGAGAACAAGCUGUUGGAGAGGAACGCCGGCUGCAUCGCUGAGUUCCUCUACAAAGAGGAGGGCCUCAACAAGACGGCCAUCGGAGAGUUCCUGGGAGAAAGAGAUGAGCUCCACCUGCGGACCUUAAAGGCCUUUGUGGAACUUCACGAGUUCUCCGACCUCAACUUGGUCCAGGCACUCAGACAGUUCCUGUGGAGUUUCCGUCUGCCCGGUGAGGCCCAGAAGAUUGACCGUAUGAUGGAGGCCUUCGCCACGCGAUACUGCGGCUGCAACGCGAACGUCUUCCAAUCCACCGACACGUGCUACAUCCUGUCGUUCGCCAUCAUCAUGUUGAACACCAGCCUGCACAACCCCAAUGUGAAGGACAAGACCACGCUGGAUGGAUUCGUGUCCAUGAACAGAGGCAUCAACAAUGGCCGCAACCUCCCCGCAGAGUUGCUCUCGAAACUGUACGAGAGCAUUCGCAACGAACCAUUCAAAAUUCCAGAGGACGACGGCAACGACCUCACGCACACGUUCUUCAACCCCGACAGAGAAGGAUGGCUUCUCAAACUCGGCGGUCGAGUGAAGACGUGGAAGAGGCGGUGGUUUAUCCUGACUGACAACUGUCUCUACUACUUUGAGUUCACCACCGACAAGGAGCCCAGAGGCAUCAUCCCUCUGGAGAAUCUGUGCGUCAAAGAAGUUCCCUUCCCGCGGAAACCUUACUGUCUGGAGCUGUACAACCCCAACAGUCGGGGGCAGAAGAUCAAGGCGUGCAAGACGGAGACGGACGGCCGCGUGGUGGAGGGCAAACAUCAGUCGUACGCCAUCUGCGCCGCCAGCGCCCAUGAGAGGGACUCCUGGAUUGAAGCCAUCAGGGCGAGCAUCACCAAGGACCCAUUCUACGACCUGGUGUCCCAGCGCAAAAAGAAGCUGAUCAAGCAGAACCAGAACCAGCAGAACUGAACCGGACUCUGGUCCAAGAAACAGACACACUGGAGAUUUAGGCUCAAGAUGAAGGAGCUUCCUCUUCAUGUUUGGGCCUGAUGGGAGCAGGUCCAAACGGACGGCACCGUGCCCAGUCUUGUGCCAGGACGCUCCAAGUUGCUUCUUAUAGCCAUUGAAGAACUGGAUUUUAUUUCUGUACUUGUAUUGAAUUCUGGAACGGUCCUUGGGUAGGCAUUUGAUGCCGUUCAGAUUUUAAGCCAUUUUGGCUGUGCUCGUGGAAUUUGCCAGAUGAUAUACAUUCUUAAACAUUUUUAUAAUUUCCAUUUUUCUUCAUUCAAUUCAGCAAAAUUCAUAAUAAAAUUUCCCAAAUUAUAAAAAAUAAAAUCUACAUUUAGUGAAUUUCAACGUAUUGCUGCAAACUUUGAAUGGAUUACAAUUAGCGCCAUCUGGUGGACAAAUGAAUUAGUUUACUCGUCCAAAGGUUUGAUCAGGCUGAUUGUACAGUAUACAGUACAUAUCAUGAUUAUAAUUACAUUAACGAGGCACCCUGGCGGACAAAUGUCAAAGACAAUUUGUUGCAUGUUUUGAAUGCCGUACAAGUAGAGCCAUCUGGUGUACAAAUAUCGAAAUUAAAAAGGCCAAUUAUUUAAUUAGGCUCAAAAACUACAGUAGGCCUACAGCAUAUCACGCUAUAAUUUCAGUAGCGCGGCACCCUGUCAAAUUAUAAACUUUACAUAAUAAAAAUAAUUUUAUAACUUUUUUUUGUGGAAGCUUAGUGACCAUUGAGGGUGGAUAUUCAAAGGAGCUCUUUCAGCUUUAAACUAUUCAUCACUUCCUCUUCCUUAGUGCAAGCAGCUGGAACGUUUUUACUGUACUUCUGCUUUCCUUUCACACACAUCUUAAGAAAUGUAUUUUGGAUAGUAUAAAUAUACAAAGAUACUUCUUAGGUUUGCAUUACACGUGACACAAGUGCACAUCCUGUAUCGUUUUCAUGACCACUUCCUGUUCUUCCUCCGUUUGACUUCAACUAUAGGUUAGUAAGUACUGAAAACAUGGCUGUUAAUGUCAAGAUGUAUCAUAUAUGUAAUGAAAAAUAUUGUUAUAUGAAUAUCUCUUUGAAAGUGUCAAUCAAAACUGAGCAUUCAUUGUCUGGCUACUAUAAAAGUGAA